AUGGCUGGCCUGAGGCAGGGUGCCCCUGGAGGCUGGCGGUGGGCCCUGGUGUUACUAAUGCUGAGAUACCUGCUGCCCGCAGGAGGAUUUACUCAUCUGGACACCAGAGCCCUGCUAAGCCUGGUUGCAGCCACAGAAAUCCUGGGUGGUCACCAUGUACCCACAUCUCAGCCUUCUGCAGAAGACCUGUGCCCUGAUAUGCCUAUCUCCUGUGGGAGAACCCCGGGGACACGCUUACUGUCCAGAGUCAGGAACAUGAGUGAUGCUUCUGUGGACACCAAGAGGCAGCCAAACAAGAGAAAGCUGAUCAGAAGGGCAGCAUUCAGCCCAGUUCCUUCAAGGUCACCUGUGAGGCCAGAGGGUCCUAUGACUUCCUGGAGGCUGGACACCAGAGGCCAGGGAUGGGACCCCGGAGAUCCCAGGACCCCAGUGUAUCCCAUGCCCACCGAGCAGUCACACCCUGCACACUCAGGGCUGAGGCACCGGCCACGUUCCCGCACCAGGACCGGAGACAGACUGCCUUUUGAGGCAGUAGUCUUUGCCCAAACCACAGACCAAGGAACACUUGGAGCCACCAGGCAGUUGACACGUGACCCUUCCUCCCCGGCAUCACUCAUCAGCUCCAUGGGAACUCACGAGCCUGGGGGGAGUUCGGCAUCCCCACGUGGAACCUCAGUACGGCCAACAAGCAGCCCUCUGGUGGAAAAAUCAACAAUCAGUCGUGCAGAUAAGAGCUUGGCCAGUCCUGCAUCUUCAGUCGUGGGAAGAACCACCCAGUCUUUGGGGGCGAUGUCCUCUGCUCUCCCUGAGUCAACUUCUAGAGGAAUUGCACAUUCCGAGCAAAGAACCAGCCCAUCGCUGAGUCCCCAGGUCAAUGGAACUCCCUCUAGGAACUCACCUGCUACAAGCGUGGUUUCAGGAUUGAGUUCCCCAAGGACCAAGACCAGUUCCACAGAAGGAAAUUUUACCAAAGAAGCAUCUACAUACACACUCACUGUAGAGACCACAAGUGGCCCAGUCACUGAGAAGUACACAGUCCCCACUGAGACCUCAACAACUGAAGGUGACAGCACAGGGACCCCCUGGGACACAAGAUAUAUUCCUGCAAAAAUCACAUCUCCAAUGGAAACAUUUGCAGAUUCAACUGCAUCCAAGGAAAAUGUCCCAGUGUCUAUGACUCCAGCUGAGACCACAGUUACUGACUCACAUACACCAGGAAGGACAAACCCAUCAUUUGGGACAGUUUAUUCUUCCUUCCUUGACUUAUCGUCUAGAGGGACCCCAAAUUCCAGAGGUGGAACAAGCCUGGAACUGAUUCUAUCAACCACUGGAUAUCCCUUCUCCUCUCCUGAACCUGGCUCCACAGGACACAGCAGAAUAAGUACCAGUGGGCCUUUGUCAUCAUCUGCUUCAGUUCUCGAUAAUAAAAUAUCAGAGACCAGCAUAUUCUCAGGCCAGAGUAUCACCUCCCCUCUGUCUCCUGGGGUGCCUGAGGCCAGAGCCAGCACCAUGCCCAACUCAGCUAUCCCUUUUUCCAUGACACUAAGCAAUGCAGAAACAAGUGCCAAAAGGGUCAGAAGUACAAUUUCCUCUCUGGGGACUCCAUCUACAUCCACAGAGCAGACAGCAGAGACUAUCCUUACCUUCCGUGCCUUCCCUGAGACCACGGAUAUACCCAGCACCCACAUAGCCAAGACUUUGGCUUCAGAAUGGUCAGGGAGUCCAGGUACCCUUGGUGGCACCAGCACUUCAGCGCUGACAACCACAUCUCCACCUCCCACUUUAGUCUCAGAGGAGACCAACACCCAUCACUCCACGAGUGGAAAGGAAACAGAAGGAACUUUGAAUACAUCUAUGACUCCACUUGAGACCUCUGCUCUUGGAGAAGAGACUGAAAUGACUGCCACCUUGGUCCCCACUCCAGGUUUUACCACUUUUGACAGCAAGAUCAGAAGUCCAUCUCAGGUCUCUUCAUCCCACCCAACAAGAGAGCUCAGAACCACAGGCAGCACCUCUGGGAGGCAGAGUUCCAGCACAGCUGCCCACGGGAGCUCUGACAUCCUGAGGGCAACCACUUCCAGCACCUCAACAGCAUCAUCGUGGGCCAGUGAAAGCACAGCUCAGCAAUUUAGUGAACCCCAGUACACACAGUGGGUGGAGACAAGUCCUAGCAUGAAAACAGAGAGACCCCCACCAUCAACCAGUGUGGCAGCCCCUGUCACCACUUCUGUUCCCUCAGUGAUCUCUGGCUUCACCACCCUGAAGACCAGCUCCACAAAAGGGGUUUGGCUUGAAGAAACAUCUGCAGACACACUCAUUGGAGAAUCCACAGCUGGCCCAACCACCCAUCAGUUUGCUCUUCCCACUGGGGUUUCAAUGACAGGAGGCAGCAGCACCAGGGGAAGCCAGGGCACAACCCACCCACUCACCAGAGCCACAGCGUCAUCUGAGACAUCUGCAGAUUUGACUCUGGCCAUGAACGGUGUCCCAAUGUCCAUGUCUCCAGCAGUGAGCAAGACAGCUGCUGGCUCAAGUCCUCCAAGAGAGACAAACCCAUCAUAUACAUCACAUACAAUGGUUUCUUCUGUCAUCCCUGAGACAUCAUCUCUAGAGUCCCCAGCUUCUAGGGAAGGAACCAGCCUGGGACUGACUCCAUUAAACACUAGACAUCCCUUCUCUUCCCCUGAACCAGACUCUGCAGGACACACCAAGAUAAGCACCAGCAUUCCUCUGUUGUCAUCUGCUUCAGUUCUUGAGGAUAAAGUGUCAGCAAUCAGCACAUUCUCACACCACAAAGUCACCUCAUCUAUGACCACAGGGACUCCUGAAAUCUCAACAAAGACAAAACCCAGCUCAGCCAUUCUUUUCUCCAUGACCCCAAAUAAUGCAGCAACAAGUCCUGAAAGAGUCAGAAAUGCAACUUCCUCUCUGACUCACCCAUCUCCAUCAGGGGAAUGGACAGCAGGGAGUGUCCUCACCCUCAGCACCUCUGCUGAGACUACAGACUCACCUAGCAUCCACCCAACUGGGACACUGGCUUCAGAAUGGUCAGAGAGUCCUCGCACUCUCAGCCUCCCAAGUGUCUCUGGAGUGAAAACCACAUUUUCUUCAUCUACUCCUUCCACUCGUCUAUUUACCAGUGGAGAAGAAACAGAGGAAACUUUGAAUCCAUCUGUGUCUCAACCUGAGACUUCUGUUUCCAGAGUAAGUGCUGGCACGUUGGCCAGCACCUCUGUCUCCACCCCAGUAUUCCCCACCAUGGACACCUGGACUACACAUUCAGCUCAGUUCUCUUCAUCCCACCUAGUGAGUGAGCUCAGAGCCAAGAGCAGUACCUCAGUUACAAACUCAACCGGUUCAGCUUUUCCUAAAAUAUCUCACCUCUCUGGGACAGCAACAAUAUCACAGACCAAUACAGGCAUGUUUAGUGACUCUGCUGCACCCCAAAGCACAACUUGGCCAGAGACUAGUCCCAGAUUCAAGACAGGGUUACCUUCAGCAACAACCACUGUUUCAACCUCUGCCACUUCUCUCUCUGCUACUGUAAUGGUCUCUAAAUUCACUUCUCCAGUAACUAGUUCCACGGAAGCAACUUCUGUCAGGGAACCAUCAACAACCAUCCUCAAAACAGAGACCACGAAUGGCCCAGGCACUAUGGCUAUGGCUUCUACCAGCAUCCCAGUUGGAAAGGGCUACAUUACUGAAGGAAGAUUGGACACAACCCAUCUGCCCAUUGGAACCACAGCUUCCUCUGAGACAUCUACGGAUUUUACCAUGACCAAAGAAAGUGUCUCAAUGGCAGUAUCUCCAUCUCAGUCCAUGGAUGCUGCUGGCUCAAGCACUCCAGGAAGGACAAGCCAAUUGAUUGGCACGUUUUCUGAUGAUGUCUAUCAUUUAACAUCUAGAGAAAUUACAAUACCUAGAGAUGGAACAAGCUCAGCUCUGACUCCACAAAUGACUGCAACUCGCCCUCUAUCUCCUGAUCCUGGCUCUGCUAGAAGCACCUGGCUUGGCAUCUUGUCCUCAUCUCCUUCUUCUCUUACUCCCAAAGUCACAAUGAGCUCCACAUUUUCAACUCAGAGAGUCACCACAAGCAUGAUAAUGGACACAGUUGAAACUAGUCAAUGGAACAUGCUCAACUUACCUUCCACAACUUCCUUGACACCAAGUAAUAUUCCAACAAGUGGUGCCAUAGGAAAAAGCGCCCUGGUUCCCUUGGACACUCCAUCUCCAGCCACAUCAAUGGAGGCAUCAGAAGGGGGACUCCCGACCCUCAGCACCUACCCUGAAUCAACAAACACACCCAGCAUCCGCCUUGGAGCACACGCUAGUUCAGAAAGUCCAAGCACCAUCAACUUUACCAUGGCUUCAGUAGUAAAAACUGGCUCUUACACACCUUUCACCUUCCCCUCAAUAGAGACCCACAUUCAUGUAUCAACAGCCAGAAUGGAGACAGAUGAAAUUGCUUACUCUUCUGGGUCUUCACCUGAGAUGACAGCUCCUGGAGAGACUAACACUGGUAGUACCUGGGCCCCCACCACCUACAUCACCACUACGGAUCCUAAGGAUACAAAUUCAGCUCAGGUCUCUACACCCCACUCAGUGAGGACACUCAGAACCACAGAAAACCAUCCAAAGACAGAGUCCACCACCCCAGCUGCUUACUCUGGAAGUCCUAAAAUCUCAAGUUCACCCAAUCUCACCAGUCCGGCCACAAAAGCAUGGACCAUCACAGACACAACUGAACACUCCACUCAAUUACAUUACACAAAUUUGGCAGAAAAAUCAUCUGGAUUUGAGACACAGUCAGCUCCAGGUCCUGUCUCUGUAGUAAUGCCUACCUCCCCUACCAUUGGAAGCAGCACAUUGGAACUAACUUCUGAUGUCCCGGGGGAACCCCUGGUCCUCGCUACCAGUGAGCAGACCACAAUCACUCUCCCCAUGGCAACAUGGCUGAGUACCAGUUUGACAGAGGAAAUGGCUUCAACAGACCUGGAUAUUUCAAGUCCAAGUUCACCCAUGAGUACAUUUGCUAUUUUUCCACCUAUGUCCACACCUUCUCAUGAACUUUCAAAGUCAGAGGCAGAUACCAGUGCCAUUAGAAAUAUAGAUUCAACCACGUUGGAUCAGCACCUAGGAAUCAGGAGUUUGGGCACAACUGGGGACUUAACAACUGUUCCUAUCACCCCACUGACAACCACGUGGACCAGUGUGAUUGAACACUCAACACAAGCACAGGACACCCUUUCUGCAACAAUGAGUCCUACUCAUGUGACACAGUUACUCAAAGAUCAAACAUCUAUACCAGCCUCAGCAUCCCCUUCCCAUCUUACUGAAGUCUACCCUGAGCUCAGGACACAAGGGAGAAGCUCCUCUGAGGCAACAACUUUUUGGAAACCAUCUACAGACACACUCUCCAGAGAGACUGAGACUGGCCCAACAAACAUUCAAUCCACUCCACCCAUGGACAACGCAACAACAGGGAGCAGUAGUAGUGGAGUCACCCUGGGCACAGCCCACCUUCCCAUAGGAACAUCCUCCCCAGCUGAGACAUCCACAAACAUGGCACUGGAAAGAAGCAGUUCUACAGCCACUGUCUCUAUGGCUGGGACAAUGGGACUCCUUGUUACUAGUGCUCCAGGAAGAAGCAUCAGCCAGUCAUUAGGAAGAGUUUCCUCUGUCCUUUCUGAGUCAACUACUGAAGGAGUCACAGAUUCUAGUAAGGGAAGCAGCCCAAGACUGAACACACAGGGGAAUACAGCUCUCUCCUCCUCUCUUGAACCCAGCUCUGCUGAAGGAAGCCAGAUGAGCACAAGCAUCCCUCUACCCUCAUCUCCUACAACUCCUGAUGUGGAAUUCAUAGGGGGCAGCACAUUUUGGACCAAGGAGGUCACCACAGUUAUGACCUCAGACAUCUCCAAGUCUUCAGCAAGGACAGAGUCCAGCUCAGCUACCCUUAUGUCCACAGCUUUGGGAAGCAUUGAAAAUACAGAAAAAGAAAAACUCAGAACUGCCUCUACGGAUCUUCCAUCUCCAACUCCAUCAAUGGAGGUGACAUCAUGGCAUUCUCUCACUCUCAGUAAUGCCCCCAAGACCACAGAUUCACUUGACCUCAGCCAUGGGGUGCACACCAGCUCUGCAGGGACUUUGGCCACUGACAGGUCAUUGAAUACUGGUGUCACUAGAGCCUCCAGAUUGCAAAACGGCUCCGAUACCUCUUCUAAGUCCCUGUCUAUGGGAACCAGCACUCACACUUCCAUGACUUACACAGAGAAGAGUGAAGUAUCUUCUUCAAUCCAUCCCCCGCCUGAGACCUCAGCUCCUGAAGCAGAGACCACUUUGACUUCCACUCCUGGAAACAGGGCCAUAAGCUUAACAUUGCCUUUUUCAUCCAUUCCAGUGGAAGAAGUCAUUUCUACAGACAUAACCUCAGGACCAGACAUCAACUCAGCACCCAUGACUCAUUCUCCCAUCACCCCACCAACAAUUGUAUGGACCAGUACAGGCACAAUUGAACAGUCCACUCAAUCACUACAUGCAGUUUCUUCAGAAAAAGUUUCUGUGCAGACACAGUCAACUCCAUAUACCAACUCUGUGGCAGUGUCUGCUUCCCCUACCCAUGAGAAUUCAGUCUCUUCUGGAAGCAGCACACCGUCUCCAUAUUCCUCAGCCUCACUUGAAUCCUUGGAUUCCACAAUCAGUAGGAGGAAUGCAAUCACUUCCUGGCUAUGGGACCUCACUACAUCUCUCCCCACUACAACUUGGCCAGGUACUAGUUUAUCUGAGGCACUGUCCUCAGCUCAUUCUGGGGUUUCAAACCCAAGUUCAACUACGACCAAAUUUCCACUCUUUUCAGCUGCAUCCACAUCUGCUGCUAAGCAAAGAAAUCCAGAAACAGAGACCCAUGGUCCCCAGAAUACAGCCCCGAGUACUUUGAGCACUGAUGCAUCCUCGGUCACAGGUCUUUCUGAGACUCCUGUGGGGGCAAGUAUCAGCUCUGAAGUCCCUCUUCCAAUGGCCACAACUUCUAGAUCAGAUGUUUCUGGCCUUAAAUCUGAGAGUACUGCUAACCUGAGUUUAGGCACAGCCUCUUCAGCAGGGACCGAAUUAACCAGGACAAUAUCCCUGCCCACUUCAGAGUCUUUGGUUUCCUUUAGAAUGAACAAGGAUCCAUGGACAGUGUCAAUCUCUUUGGGGUCCCAUCCAACUACUAAUACAGAAACAAGCAUCCCAGUAAACAGCGCAGGUGCACCUGGCUUGUCCACAGUAGCAUCAGAUGUAAUUGACACACCUUCAGAUGGGGCUGAGAGUAUUUCCACUGUCUCCUUUUCCCCCUCCCCUGAUACUGAAGUGACAACUGUCUCACAUUUCCCAGAAAAGACAACUCAUUCAUUUAGAACCAUUUCAUCUCUCACUCCUGAGUUGACUUCAAGAGUGACACCUACUCCUGGGGAUUGGAUGAGUUCGGCUAUGUCUACAAAGCCCACAGGAGCCAGUCCCUCCAUUACACUGGGAGAGAGAAGGACAAUCAUCUCUGCUGCUCCACCCACUUACCCUAUAGUUCUCACUGCUAGUUUCACAGAGACCAGCACAGUUUCACUGGAUAAUGAAACUACAGUAAAAACCUCAGAUAUCCUUGACGCACGGACAACAAAUGAGCUCCCCUCAGAUAGCAGUUUUUCUGAUCUGAUCAACACCUCCAUAGCUUCCUCAACUAUGGAUGUCACUAAAACAGCCUCCAUCAGUCCCACUAGCAUCUCAGGAAUGACAGCAAAUUCCUCCCCAUCUCUCUUCUCUUCAGAUAGAUCCCAGGUGCCCACAUCUACAACAGAGACAAAUACAGCCACCUCUUCAUCUGUUUCCAGUAACGCCUAUUCUCUUGAUGGGGGCUCCAAUGUGGGUGGCACUCCAUCCACUUUACCACCCUUUACAAUCACCCACCCUGUCGAGACAAGCUCGGCCCUAUUAGCCUGGUCUAGACCAGUAGGAACUUUCAGCACCAUGGUCAGCACUGACACUGCCGCCGGACAAAAUCCUACCUUUAGCAAUUCUGUGGUGACUUCUGUUCCAGCACCAGGUACAUGGACCAGUGUAGGCAGUACUACUGACUUACCUGCCAUGGGCUCUCUCAAGACAAGUCCUGCAGGAGAGACACACUCACUUCCAGCAUCAACUGUUGAAUCAGCCACUGCCUUCACUCCCCAUCUCUCAGCAGCAGUGGUCACUGGAUCCAGGGCUACAUCAGAAGCCAGUCUUCUCACUAUGAGUGAAAGCAAAGCCAUUCAUUCUUCACCACGGACCCCAACUACACCCACCUCUGGAGCAAGCUGGGAAACUUCAGCUACUCCUGAGAGCCUUUUGGUAGUCACUGAGACUUCAGACACAACACUCACCUCAAAGAUUUCGGUCACAGAUACCAUCUUGUUUUCAACUGUGUCCACACCACCUUCUAAACUUCCAAGUACAGGGACUCUCUCUGGAGCUUCCUUCCCUACUUUACUCCCGGACACUCCAGCCAUCCCUCUCACUGCCACUGAGCCAACAAGUUCAUUAGCUACAUCCUUUGAUUCCACCCCACUGGUGACUAUAACUUCGGAUAGUCUUGGCACAGUCCCAGAGACUACCCUGACCAUGUCAGAGACCUCAAAUGGUGAUGCACUGGUUCUUAAGACAGUAAGUAACCCAGACAGGAGCAUCCCUGGAAUCACUAUCCAAGGAGUAGCAGAAAGUCCACUCCAUCCUCCUUCCACUUCCCCUUCUAAGAUUGUUGCUCCACGGAACACAACCUAUAAAGGUUCAACCACUGUGACACUUUCUACUUUGCCUGCAGGAACUACUGGUUCCCUUGUAUUCAGUCAGAGUUCUGAUAACUCAGAGAAAACGGCUUUGGUGGACUCAUCAGCUGGGCUUGAGAGGCCAUCUAUGAUGCCACUAACCACAGGAAGCCAGGGUUUGGCCAGCUCUGGAGGAAUCAUAAGUGGGUCCACUCACUCAACUGGAACCAAAACAUUUUCUUCUCUCCCUCUGACCACGAACCCAGGUGAGGUAACAGCCAUGUCUGAAAUCACCACGAACAGACUGACAGCUACUCAAUCAACAGCACCCAAAGGGAUACCUGUGAAGCCCACCACUACUGAGUCAGGACUCCUAACACCUGUCUCUGCUUCCCCAAGCCCAUCAAAGGCCUUUGCAUCACUGACUACUGCUCCCCCAACUUGGGGGAUCCCACAGUCCACCUUGACCUUUGAGUUUUCUGAGGUCCCAAGUUUGGAUACUAAGUCCGCUUCUUUACCAACUCCUGGACAGUCCCUGAACACCACUCCAGACUCAGAUGCAAGCACAGCAUCUUCCUCACUGUCCAAGUCUCCAGAAAAAAACCCAAGGGCAGGGAUGAUGACUUCCACAAAGGCCAUAAGUGCAAGCUCAGUUCAAUCAACAGCUUUUACUGAAAUCCCUGAGGGAUCUGCCUCCCCUUCUAUGGCAGGACAUGAACCCAGAAUCCCCACUUCAGGAACAGGGGACCCUAAAUAUGCCUCAGAGAGCAUGUCUUAUCCAGACCCAAGCAAGGCAUCAUCAGCUAUGACCUCGACCUCUCUUGCAUCAAAACUCACAACUCUCUUCAGCACAGGUCAAGCAGCAAGGUCUGGUUCUAGUUCCUCUCCCAUAAGCCUACCCACUGAGAAAGAAACCAGCUUCCUUUCCCCCACUGCAUCCACCUCCAGAAAGACUUCACUCUUUCUUGGACCUUCCAUGGCAAGACAGCCCAACACAUUGGUGCAUCUUCAGACUUCAGCUCUGACACUUUCUCCAACAUCCACUCUAAAUAUGUCCCAGGAGGAGACUCCUGAGAUAACUUCAAGCCAGACCACUACAGAAGAAGAGAGCACAACAGCUGAAACACAGAUGUUAACCUUCAUACCAUCUGAGACCCCGACAUCCUUGUUACCUGUCUCUUCUCCCACAGAACCCACAGCCAGAAGAAAGGGUUCUCCAGAAACAUGGGCAAGCUCUAUUUCAGUUCCUGCCGAGACCUCCUUGGUUGAAACAACUGAUGGAACGCUAGUGCCCACCACAAAGAUGUCAAGCCAGGCAGCACAAGGAAAUUCCACGUGGCCUGCCCCAGCAGAGGAGACGGGGACCAGUCCAGCAGGCACAUCCCCAGGAAGCCCAGAAAUGUCUACCGCUCUCAAAAUCAUGAGCUCCAAGGAACCCAGCAUCAGCCCAGAGAUCAGGUCCACUGUGAGAAAUUCUCCUUGGAAGACUCCAGAAACAACUGUUCCCAUGGAGACCACAGUGGAACCAGUCACCCUUCAGUCCACAGCCCUAGGAAGUGGCAGCACCAGCCUGUCUCACCUGCCCACAAGAGCCACAUCACCAACCAAGUCACCAACAGAAAAUACAUUGGCUACAGAAAGGGUCUCCCUCUCCCCAUCCCCACCUGACGCUUGGACCAACCUUUAUUCUGGAACUUCAGGAAGGACAAGGCAGUCACUGGCCACAAUGCCCUCUGUCUCACUAGAGUCACCAACUGCUAGAAGCAUCACAGGGACUGGUCAGCAAAGCAGUCCAGAACUGGUUUCAAAGACAACUGGAAUGGAAUUCUCUAUGUGGCAUGGCUCUACUGGAGGGACCACAGUGGACACACUUGUCUCUCUGAGCACAUCUUCCAAUAUCCUUGAAGACCCUGUAACCAACCCAAACUCUGUGAGCUCAGUGACAGAUAAAUCCAAACAUAAAACCGAGACAUGGGUCAGCACCACAGCCAUUCCCUCCACUGUCCUGAAUAACAAGACAAUGGCAGCUGAACAACAGACAAGUCGAUCUGUGGAUGAGGCUUAUUCAUCAACUAGUUCUUGGUCAGAUCAGACAUCUGGGAGUGACAUCACCCUUGGUGCAUCUCCUGAUGUCACAAACACAUUAUACAUCACCUCCACAGCACAAACCACCUCACUAGUAUCUCUGCCCUCUGGAGACCAAGGCAUUACCAGCCUCACUAAUCCCUCAGGAGGAAAAACAAGCUCUGCAUCAUCUGUCACAUCCCCUUCAAUAGGGCUUGAGACUCUGAUGGCCGUCGUAAGUGCAGUGACCAGUGACAUUGCCCCUACUGCUGGGCAUCUAUCUCAGACUUCAUCUCCUAUGGAAGUGAGCAUCCUGGAUGUAACCACAACUCCUACUCCAGGUAUUUCCACCACCAUCACCACCAUGGGAACCAACUCAAUCUUGACUACCACACCCAACCCAGAAGUGGGUGUGAGUACCGUGGACAGCACCCUGGCCACAGAGAGGCGCACAUCUUCUACAGAACACCCUCCCACCUGGUCCUCCACAGCUGCAUCAGAUUCCUGGACUGUCACAGACAUGACUUCAAACUUGAAAGUUACAAGUUCUCCUGGAACAAUUUCUACAAUGCAUACAACUUCAUUCUUAGCCUCAAGCACUGAAUUAGACUCCAUGUCUACUCCCCAUGGCCUUAUAACUGUCAUUGGAACCAGCCUGGUCACUCCAUCCUCUGAUGCUUCAGCUGUAAGGACAGAGACCAGUACAAGUGAAAGAACAUUGAGUCUCUCAGACACAACUGCAUCUACUCCCAUCUCAACUUUUUCUCGUGUCCAGAGGAUGAGCAUCUCAGUUCCUGACAUUUUAAGUACAAGUUGGACUCCCAGUAGUACAGAAGCAGAAGAUGUGCCCAUUUCAAUGGUUUCUACAGAUCAUGCUAGUACAAAGACUGACCCAAAUAUGCCCCUGACCUCUUUUCUGUUUGAUUCUCUGUCCACUCUUGACUGGGACACUGGGAGAUCUGUGUCAUCAGCCACAGCCACUACCUCAGCUCCUCAGGGGGCCACAACUCCUCAAGAAUUCACUUUGGAAACCAUGAUCAGCCCAGCUACCUCACAGCUGCCCUUCUCUAUAGGGGACGUUACAAGUGCAGUCACACCAGCUGCAAUGGCAAGGAGCUCUGGAGUUACUUUUUCAAGACCAGAUCCCACAAGCAAAAAGGCAGAGCAGACUUCUACUCAGCUUCCCACCACAACUUCUGCACAUCCAGGGCAGGUGCCCAGAUCAGCAGCAACAACUCUGGAUGUGAUCCCACACACAGCAAAAACUCCAGAUCCAACUCUUCAGAGUCAAGGGCAGAUGGCUCUUACAACAGAGGCAAGAGCUACAUCUGACUCUUGGAAUGAGAAAGAAAAAUCAACCUCAAGUGCACCUUGGAUCACUGAGAUGAUGAAUUCUGUCUCAGAAGAGACCAUCAAGGAGGUUACCAGCUCCUCCAGUGUAUUAAGGACCCUGAAUACACUGGACAUAAACUUGGAAUCUGUGACGACUUCAUCCCCAAGUUGGAAAAGCAGCCCAUAUGACAGAAUUGCCCCUUCUGAGUCCACCACAGACAAAGAGGCAAUUCACCCUUCUACAAACACAGUAGAGACCACAGGCUGGGUCACAAGUUCCGAACACACUUCUCAUUCCACUGUCCCAGCCCACUUAGAGUCAUCCAAACUCACAUCUCCAGUGGUUACUGCCUCCACCAGGGAACAAGCAAUUGUUUCUGUAUCAACAACCACAUGGUCAGAGUCUACAAGGGCUAGAACAGAGCCUAAUUCCUCCUUGACUAAUGAACUCAGGGACUUCAACCCUUACGUGGACACCAGCUCAACCACACAAACAAGUAUUAUCUCUUCCGCAGGUUCCACUGCGAUCACCAAGGGGCCUAGAACAGAAAUUACCUCUUCUAAGAGAUUAUCCAGCUCAUUCCUUGCCCAGUCUAUGAGGUCGUCAGACAGCCCCUCAGAAGCCGUCACCAGGCUGUCUAACUUCUCUGCCAUGACAGAAUCUGGAGGAAUGAUCCUCACUAUGCAAACAAGUCCACCUGGCGCUACAUCACUAAGUGCACCUACUUUGGAUACAUCAGCCACAGCCUCCUGGACAGGGACUCCAUUGGCUAUGACUCAGAGAUUUACAUACUCAGAGAAGACCACUCUCUUUAGCAAAGAUCCUGAGGAUACGUCACAGCCAAGCCCUCCCUCUGUGGAAGAAACCAGCUCUUCCUCUUCCCUGGUACCUAUCCAUGCCACAACCUCACCUUCCAAUAUUUUGUUGACAUCACAAGGACACAGUCCCUCCUCUACUCCACCUGUGACCUCAGUUUUCUUGUCUGAGACCUCUGGCCUGGGGAAGACCACAGACAUGUCAAGGAUAAGCUUGGAACCUGGCACCAGUUUACCUCCCAAUUUGAGCAGUACAGCAGAUGAGGCAUUAUCCACUUAUGAAGCCUCUAGAGAUACAAAGCCAAUUCAUCAUUCUGCAGACACAGCAGUGAUGAAUACGGAGGUAACCAGUUCUGAACAUUCUCCUGUCCCAGUCCAUCCAAAGCCAUCCAAAGCCACAUCUCCACUGGUUACCUCCCACAUCAUGGGGGACAUCACUUCUUCCACAUCAGUGUUUGGCUCCUCUGAGACCACAGAGAUUGAGACAGUGUCCUCUGUGAACCAGGGACUUCAGGAGAGAAGCACAUCCCAGGUGGCCAGCUCUGCUACAGAGACAAACACUGUCAUUACCCAUGUGUCUAGUGGUGAUGCUACCACUCAUGUCACCAAGACGCAAGCCACUUUCUCUAGCGGAACAUCCAUCCCAAGCCCUCAUCACUUCAAAACUUCUACCAACACAUUUACAAAUGUGAGCACCAACCCCUCCACCUCUCUGAUAAUGACAGAAUCUUCAGGAGUGACCAUCACCACCCAAACAGGUCCUACUGGAGCUACAACACAGGGUUCAUAUCUCUUGGACACAUCAACCAUGCCUUACUUGACAGAGACUCCAUUGGCUGUGACUCCAGAUUUUAUGCAAUCAGAGAAGACCACUCUCAUGAGCAAAGGUCCCAAGGAUGUGUCAUGGACAAGCCCUCCCUCUGUGGCAGAAACCAGCUAUCCCUCUUCCCUGACACCUGUCUUGGUCACAACCAUACCUCCUGCCACUUCCACGUUACAAGGGCAACAUACAUUCUCUCCUGUUUCUGUGACCUCAGUUCUCACCUCUGGACUGGUGAAGACCACAGAUACGUUGAACAUAAGCAUGGAACCUGUGACCAAUUCACCUCAAAGUUUGAACAACACAUCAAAUGAGAUACUGGCCACUUUGGAAGCCACGACAGAUAUAGAGACAAUUCAUCCUUCCAUAAACAAAGCAGUGACCAAUAUGGGGACCGCCAGUUCAGCACAUGUACUGCAUUCUGCUCUCCCAGUCAGCUCAGAACCAUCCACAGCCACAUCUCCAAUGGUCCCUGCCUCCACCAUGGGGGACGCUCUUGCUUCUACAUCAACACCUGGUUCUGAGACCACAGACAUUGAGGGAGAGACAACAUCCUCCCUGACUGCUGGACGAAAAGAGAACAGCACCCUCCAGGAGAUGAACUCAACUACAGAGUCAAACAUCAUCCUCUCCAAUGUGUCUGUGGGGGCUACUACUGAAGCCUCCAAAAUGCAAGUCCCCUCUUUUGAUGCAACAUUCGUACCAACUCCUGCUCAGUCAACAAAGUUCCCAGCUAUUUUCUCAGUAGCCAGCAGUAGACUUUCAAACUCUCCUCCCAUGACAAUAUCUACCCACAUGACCACCACCCAGACAGGGUCUUCUGGAGCUACAUCAAAGAUUCCACUUGCCUUAGACACAUCAACCUUGGAAACCUCAGCAGGGACUCCAUCAGCGGUGACUGAAGGGUUUGCCCACUCAAAAAUAACCACUGCAAUGAACAAUGAUGUCAAAGACAUGUCACAGACAAGCCCUCCCUUUCAGGAUGAAGCCAGCUCUCCUUCCUCUCAGGCACCUGUCCUUGUCACAACCUUACCUUCUCCUGUUGCUUUCACACCACAAUGGCACAGUGCCUCCUCUACUGUUUCUAUGUCUUCAGUUCUUACUUCUUCACUGGUAAAGACCACAGGCAAGGUGGAUACAAGCUUAGAAAUGGUGACCAGUUCACCUCAAAGUAUGAGCAACACUUUGGAUGACAUAUUGGCCACUUCAGCAGCCACCACAGAUAUAAAGACAAUGCAUCCUUCCAUAAGCACAGCAGUGACCAAUGUGGGGACCACCGGUUCAGCAUUUGAAUCACAUUCUACUGUCUCAGCUGACCCAGAGCUAUCUAAAGUCACAUCUCCAAAUGUUACCACCUCCACCGUGGAAGACACCACAACUUCCGGAUCAAUACCUAGAUCCUCUAAGACUACAAGAAUUGAGACUGAGACAACUUCCUCCCUGACUCCUAAACUGAGGGAGUCCAGCAUCUCCCAGGAGAUCACCUCGUCCACGGAGACAAGCACUGUUCCUUACAAAGAGCUCACUGGUGCCACUACCGAGGUAUCCAGGACAGAUGUCACUUCCUCUAGCAGUACAUCCAUCCCUGGCCCUGAUCAGUCCACAGUGUCACUAGACAUCUCCACAGAAACCAACACCAGGCUGUCUACCUCCCCAAUAAUGACAGAAUCUGCAGAAAUAACCAUCACCACCCAAACAGGUCCUCAUGGGGCUACAUCACAGGAUACUUUUACCAUGGACACAUCAAAUACAACCCCCCCCAAGGCAAGGAUCCACUCAGCUAUGACUCAUGGAUUUUCACAAUUGGAUGUGACCACUCUUACGAGCAGAAUUCCACAGGAUGUAUCAUGGACAAGUCCUCCCUCUGUGGAAGAAACCAACUCCCCCUCUUCCUUUCUGUCUUCACCUGCAAUGACCACACCUUCCCCAAUUUCCUCUACCUUACCAGACGAUAGGCUCUCCUCUCCUAUGACUUCACUUCUCACCUCUGGCCUAGCAAAGAUCACAGACAUAUUACGUACACGCUUGGAACCUGUGACUAGUUCACUUCCAAAUUUCAGCAGCACCUCAGAUAAGAUGCUGGCCACUUUUAAAGACAGUAAAGACACAAAGGAAAUUUUUCCUUCCAUAAACACAGCAGAGACCAAUGUGAAAACCAACAACUCUGGACAUGAAUCCCAUUCCUCUGCACUGGCUGCCUCAGAGACACUCAAAGCCACAACUCAAAUGGUUAUCGCCACCACUGUGGGAGAUCCAGCUCCUUCCACAUCAAUGCCAGUGCGUGGUUCCUCUAAGACUACAAACAUUAAGAGAGAGUCAACAUAUUUCUUUACUCCUAGACUGAGGGAGACCAGUACCUCUCAGGAGUCCAGUUUUUCCACAGACAGGAGUUUUCUACUUUCCAAAGUCCCCACUGGUACUAUUACUGAGGUCUCCAGUACAAAGGUCAUCUCUUCUAGCAAAAUUUCAACCCCAGACCAUGAUAAGUCUACAGUGCCACCUAACACCUUCACAGGAGAGAUCCCCAGGGUCUCCACCUCCUCUAUUGAGACAAAAUCUGCAGAAAUGACGAUCACCACCCAAGCAAGUCCUCCUGGGUCUGCAUCACACGGUACCCUUCCAUUGGACACAUCAACCACACUUUCCCAGGGAGGGACUCAUUCAACUGUGACUCAGGGAUUCCCACACUCAGAGGUGACCAUUCUCAUGAGCAUGGGUCCUGAGAAUGUGUCAUGGAUGACAACUGCCCCUGUGGAAAAAUCCAGCUCUGUGUCUUCCCUGAUGUCUUCGCCUGCCAUGACAUCCCCUUCUCCUGUUUCCUCCACAUCACCAGAGAGCAUCCCCUCCUCUCCUCUUCCUGUGACUGCACAUCCUACUUCUGUUCUGGUGACAACCACAGAUGUGUUGGGCACAACAAGCCCAGAAUCUGUAACCAGUUCACCUCCAAAUUUGAGCAGCACCACUCAUGAGAGACCGACCACUUACAAAGACACUGCACACACAGAAGCCACCAUGCAUCUUUCCACAAACACAGCAGUGACCAAUGUAGGGACUUCUGGGUCUGGACAUAAAUCACAAUCCUCUGUCCUAGCUGACUCAGAGACAUCGAAAGCCACACCUCUGAUGAGUACCACCUCCGCCAUUGGGGACACAAGUGUUUUCAUAUCAACUCCUGAUAUCUCUCAAAAUAGCCAAAUUCAAACAGAGUCAACGGCAUCCCUGAGCCCUAGAAUGAGUGAGAGAAGAACGUCUGAGAAGACCAGCUCAGCGACAGAAACAAAUACUGCCUUUUCUUAUGUGCCCACGGGUGCUACUACUCAGUCCUCCAGGACAGAAGUCACCUCCUCUAGCAGAACAUCCAUCUCAGACCUUGAUCAGUCUACAGUGACACCCAACAUCUCCACAGGAAUGAUCACCAGGCUCUUCACCUCCCCCAUCAUGACAAAAUCUGCAGAAAUGAGCAUCACCACUCAAACAACUACUCCUAGGGCUACAUCACACGGUACCCUUCCCUUGGACACAUCAACCACGCUCUUCCAGGGAGGGACUUAUUCAACCAUGUCUCAGGGAUUCCCACACUUAGAGAUAACCACUCUUAGGAGUGGAAAUCCUGGAGAUGUGUCAUGGAUGACAACUCCCUCUGUAGAAGAAACCAGCUCUGGGUUUUCCCUGAUGUCACCCUCCAUGACAUCCCCUUCUCCUGUUUCCUCCACAUCACCAGAGAGCAUCCCCUCCUCUCCUCUCCCUGUGACUGCACUUCUUACUUCUGUUCUGGUGACAACCACAGAUGUGUUGGGCACAACAAGCCCAGAUCCCGUAACCAGUUUACCUCCAAACUUAAGCAGCCCCACACAUGAGAGACUGACCACUUACAAAGACACUGCACAUACAGAAGCCAUGCAUCCUUCCACAAACACCACAGUGGCCAGCGUGGGGACCUCCAUUUCUGGACUUGAAUCACAAUCUUCUGUCCUAGCUGACUCAGACACAUCCAAAGCCACAUCUCCAGUGGGUACCACCUUCACUAUGGGGGAUGCAAGUGUUUCUACAUCAACUCCUGCCUUCUUUGAGGCUAGAAUUCAGACGGAAUCAACAUCCUCUUUGACUCCUGGAUUAAAGGACACCAGCAUGUCUGAGGAGAUCAACACUGUGACAGAGACAAGCACUGUCCUUUCAGAAGUGCCCACUAUUACUACUACUGAGGUCUCCAGGACAGAAGUUCUCACCUCUAGCAGGACAUCCAUCUCAGGGCCUGAUCAUUCCAAAAUGUCACCUUCCAUCUCUACAGAAACCAUCACCAGGCUCUCCACUUCUCCUGUUGUAACAGGAUCCACAGAAAUGACCAUCACCAACCAAACAGGUCCUAUAGGGACUACCUCACAGGCGACCCUUACCCUGGACACAUCAAGCACAGCUUCCUGGGAAGGGACGCACUCACCUGUGACUCAGAGAUUGCCACACUCAGAGGAGACCACUACUAUGAGCAGAGGUACUAAGGGCGUGUCAUGGCAAAGCCCUCUCUCUAGGGAAGAAACCAGUUCUCCUUCUUCCCCGGUGCCUUUACCUGCAAUAACCUCACAUUCACCUCUUUAUUCCACACUAUCAGGAAGUAGCCCUGCUUCUCCUCUCCCUGUGACUUCCCUUCUCACCUCUGGCGGGAGGAAGACCACAGACAUGUUGAACGCACGCUCAGAACCUGUGACCAGCUCCUUACCAAGUGCAAGUAGCUUCUCAGGUGAGAGACCCACUUCUGAAGCCUCCACAAAUACAAAGACAAUUCACUUUUCAGAGAACACAGCAGAAACCAAUAUGGGGACCACCAGUUCUAUGCAUGAACUGUAUUCCUCUGUCUCAAUCCACUCUCAGCCAUCUAGACACACACCUCCAAAGGUUACUGGGUCUACGACAGAGGACGCUAUUGUUUCCACAUCAACACCUGGUUCUCCUGAGACUACAAAUAUUGACGGAGAGUCAACAUCCCCCCUGACUCCUGAACUGACAGAGAACAGCACCACCCUGGUGAUGAACUCAACUACAGAGUCAAACAUUGUUUUCUCCAGUGUGUCCAUGGAUGCUGCUACUGAGGUCUCCAGGGCAGAAGUCACCUACUAUGAUCCUACAUUCAUGCCAGCUUCUGCUCAGUCAACAGAGUCCCCAGACAUUUCACCUGAAGCCAGCAGCAGACAUUCUAACUCUCCUCCCUUGACAAUAUCUACACACAAGACCAUCACCACACAAACAGAUCCUUCUGAGGUGACAUCUCUUGGCCAACUGACCUUGGACACAUCAACCAUAGCCACUCCAGCAGGAACUCCAUCAGCCGGAACUCAGGAUUUUGUAGAUUCAGAAACAACCACUGUCGUGAACAAUGAUCUCAAUGAUGUGUCGAAGACAAGCCCUUUCUCUGCAGAAGAAGCCAACUCUCUCUCUUCUCAGGCACCUGUCCUUGUGACAACCUCACCUUCUCCUGUAACUUCCAUAUUGCAAGUGCACAGUACUUCCUCUCUUGUUUCUGUGACCUCAGUACCCACCCCUGCACUGGUGAAGAUCACAGACAUGGACACAAACUUAGAACCUGUGACUCGUUCACCUCAAAGUUUAAGGAACACCUUGGCCACUUCAGAAGCCACCACAGAUACACACACAAUGCAUCCUUCUAUAAACACAGCAAUGGCCAAUGUGGGGACCACCAGUUCACCACAUGAAUUCUAUUUUACUGUCUCACCUGACUCAGAGCCAUAUAAAGCCACAUCUGCAGUAGUUAUCACUUCCACCACGGGGGACUCAAUAGUUUCCACAUCAAUGCCCAGAUCCUCUGAGAUGACAAAGAUUGAGUCUGAGACAACUUCCUCCCUGAUCUUUAGACUGAGGGAGACUAGCACCUCCCAGAAAAUUGGCUCAUCCUCUGACACAAGCACUGUCUUUGACAAAGCAUUCACUGCUGCUACUACUGAGGUCUCCAGAACAGAACUCACCUCCUCUAGCAAAACAUCCAUCCAAGGCACUGAAAAGCCCACGAUGUCACCAGACACCUCCACAGGAUCUGUCACCAUGCUUUCUACCUUUUCUGGCCUGACAAAAUCUGAAGAAAUGACCAUUGCCACCCAAACAGGUCCUCAUAGGGCUACAUCACAGGAUACCCUUACCUGGGACACAUCAAUCACAACCUCACAGGCAGGGACCCACUCAGCUAUGACUCAUGGAUUUUCACAAUUAGAUGUGUCCACUCUUACGAGUAGAGUUCCUGAGUACAUGUCAGGGACAAGCCCACCCUCUGUGGAAAAAACCAGCUCUUCCUCUUCCCUUCUGUCUUUACCAGCAAUAACCUCACCGUCCCCUGUGCCUACUACAUUACUAGAAAGUAGGCCCUGGUCUCCUGUUCAUCUGACCUCACUCCCCACCUCUGGCCUGGUGAAGACCACAGAUAUGCUGGCAUCUGUGGCCAGUUUACCUCCAAACUUGGGCAGCGCCUCACAUAAGAUCCCGACUACUUCUGAAGACAUUAAAGAUAUAGGAAAAAUAUAUCCUUCCACAAGCAUAGCAGUAACCAAUGUGGGGACCACCACUUCUGAAAAGGAAUCUUAUUCAUCUGUCCCAGCCUACUCAGAACCACCCAAAGUCACCUCUCCAGUGGUUACCUCUUUCACCAUAAGGGACACCAUUUUUUCCACAUCCAUGCCUGGCUCCUCUGAGAUUACAAGGAUUGAGAUGGAGUCGACAUCCUCCCUGGCUCAUGGGCUGAAGGAAACCAGCACCUCCCAGGAGCCCAUCAUAUCCACAGAGAAAAGUGCUGUCCUUCACAAGGUGACCACUGGUGUUACUCCUGAGACCUCUAGGACAGAAGCUGCCAAUUCUAGAAGAACAUCCAUUCCCGGCCCUGAUCAUUCCACAAAGUCACAAAACAUCUCCACUGAAAUGACCCCCAGGCUGCCUAUCUCCCCUGGCAUUACAGAAUCUGCUAAUGUGACCAUCAUCACUCAAACAGGCCCUCCUCUUGGAUCUACAUCACAGGGCACAUUUACCUUGGAUACACCAGCUACACGCACCAGGGCAGGAACACACUCGAUGGUGACUCAGGAAUUUUCACACUCAGAAAUGACCACUCUCAUGAACAAGGGCCCUGAGAUUCUAUCACGGACAAUCCCUCUUUCUAUAGAGAAAACCAGCUUCUCCUCUUCCCUGAUGCCCUCACCAGCCAUGACUUCACCUUCACCUGUUUCCUCAACAUUACCAAAGACCGUUCACACCACUCCUUCUCCUAUGACCUCACUGCUCACCUCUAGCCUAGUGAUGACCACAGACACAUUGGGCACAAGCCCAGAACCUACAACCAGUUCACCUCCAAAUUUGAGCAGUACCUCCCAUGAGAUACUGACGACAGAUGAAGACACCACAGCUAUGGAAGCCAUGCAUCCUUCCACAAGCACAGCAGUGACUAAUGUGGAAACCACCAGUUCUGGACAUGGGUCACAAUCCUCUGUCCUAGCUGACUCAGAAAAAACCAAGGCCACAGCUCCAGUGGGUACCACCUCCACUAUGGGGCAUACAACUGUUUCCACAUCAAUGUCCGUUUCCUCUGAGACUACAAAAAUUAAGAGAGAGUCAACAUUUUCCUUGACUCCUGGACUGAGGGAGACCAGCAUUUCCCAAAAUGCCAACUUUUCCACUGACACAAAUAUUGUUCUUUCAGAAGUCCCCACUGGUACUACUGCUGAGGUCUCCAGGACAGAAGUCACCUCCUCUGGUAGAACAUCCAUCCCUGGCCCUUCUCAGUCCACAACGUUGCCAGAAAUAUCCACAAGAACAAUGGCAAGGCUCUUUGCCUCACCCACCAUGACAGAAUCAGCAGAAAUGACCAUCCUCACCCAAACGGGUCCUUCUGGGUCUACAUCGCAGGAUACCCUUACCUUGGACACAUCCACCACAGAGUCCCAGGCAAAGACUCAUUCAACUUUGACUCAGAGAUUUCCACACUCGGAGAUGACCACUCUCAUGAGCAGAGGUCCUGGAGGUAUGUCAUGGCAAAGCUCUUCCUCUGUGGAAAAACCCAGCUCUCUCCCUUCCCUGCUGUCUUUACCUGCCACAACCUCACCUCCUUCCGUUUCCUCCACAUUACCAGUGAGUAUCUCCUCCUCUCCUCUUCCUGUGACUUCACUUCUCACCUCUGGCCCAGUGACGACCACAGACACGUUACACACAAGCCCAGAACCUGUAACAAGUUCACCUCCAAAGCUGAGCCACACUUCAGAGGAGAGACUGACCACUGGCAAGGACACCACAAACACAGAACCUGUGCAUCCUUCCACAAACACAGCAGCGUCCAAUGUGGAGACCCCCAGCUCUGGACAUGAAUCCCCUUCCUCUGCCCUAGCUGACUCAGAAACAUUCAAAGCCUCAUCACCAAUGUUUAUUACCUCCACCCAGGAGGACACAACUGUUGCCAUGUCAACCCCUCACUUCUUGGAGACUAGCAGAAUUCAGAAAGAGUCAAUUUCUUCCCUGAGCCCUAAAUUGAGGGAGACAGGCAGUUCUGUGGAGACAAUCUCAGCCACAGAGACAAGUGCUGUCCUUUCUGAAGUGCCCACUGGUGCUACUACUGAGAUCUCCAGGACAGAAGUCACCUCCUCUAGCAGAACAUCCAUCUCGGGUUCUGCUGAGUCCACAAUGUUGCCAGAAAUAUCCACCACAAGAAAAAUCACUAAGUUCCCUACCUCCCCCAUCAUGGCAGAAUCAUCAGAAAUGACCAUCAAGACCCAAACAAGUCCUCCUGGGUCUACACCAGAGAGUACCUUUACGUUAGACACAUCAACCACUCCCUCCUUGGUAAUAACCCAUUCGACUAUGAUUCAGAGAUUGCCACACUCAGAGAUAACCACUCUUGUGAGUAGAGGUCCUGGAGAUGUGCCAUGGCCUAGCUCUCCCCCUGUGGAAGAAACCAGCCCUCCAUCUUCCCAGCUGUCUUUAUCUGCCAUGAUCUCACCUUCUCCUGUUUCUUCCACAUUACCAGCAAGUAGCCACUCCUCUUCUGCUUCUGUGACUUCGCUUCUCACACCAGGCCAAGUGAAGACUACAGAGGUGUUGAACACAAGCACAGAACCUGAAACCAGUUCACCUCCAAGUUUGAGCAACACCUCAGUUGAAAUACUGGCCACCUCUGAAGUCACCACAGAUACAGAGAAAAUUCAUCCUUUCUCAAACACAGCAGUAACCAAAGUUGAAACUUCCAGUUCUGGACAUGAAUCCCCUUCCUCUGUCCUACAUGACUCAGAGACAACCAAAGCCACAUCGCCAAUGGAUACCAUCUCCAUCAUGGGGGAUACAAGUGUUUCUACAUUAACUCCUGCCUUAUCUAACACUAGGAAAAUUCAGACAGAGCCAGCUCCCUCACUGACCACCAGAUUGAGGGAGACCAACACCUCUGAAGAGACCAGCUCAGCCACAGAGGCAAACACUGUUCUUUCUAAAGUGUCCACUGGUGCUACUACUGAGGUCUCCAGGACAGAAGCCAUCUCCUUUAGCAGAACAUCCAUCUCAGGCCCUGAGCAGUCCACAAUGUCACAAGACAUCUCCGUGGAAACCAUCACCAGGAUUUCUGCCUCCUCCGUCAUGACAGAAUCUGCAAAAAUGACCAUCACAACCCAAACAGGUCCUCCGGAGUCUACACUAGAAAGUACCCUUAAUUUGGACACAGCAACCACACCCUCUUGGGUAAAAACUCACUCUACAGUAAUUCAGGGAUUUCCACACCCAGAGAUGACCACUUCCAUGGGCAGAGGUCUUGGAGGUGUGUCAUGGCCUAGCCCUUCCUUUGUAAAAGAAACCAGCCCUCCAUCUUCCCCUCUGUCUUUACCUGCCAUGACCUCACCUCAUCCUGUUUCCACCACAUUCCCAGGACAUAUCCCCCCCUCUCCCCUUCCUGUGACUUCACUUCUCACCUCUGGCCCGGUGACAACCACAGAUAACUUGGGUACAAGCACAGAACCUGGAACCAGUUCAUCUUCAAGUUUGAGCACCACCUCCCAUGAGAGCCUGACCACUUACAAAGACACUGCACAUACAGAAGCCGUGUAUCCUUCCACAAACACAAGAGGGACCAGUGUGGUGACCACCAGCUCUGGAUAUAAAUCGCAAUCCUCUGUCCUAGCUGACUCAGAGACAUCCAAAGCCUCAUCUCCAAUGGAUACCGCCUCCACCAUGGGGGAUACAAGUGUUCUCACACCAACUCCUGCCAUCCUUGAGACUAGGAGGAUUCAGACAGAGCCAGCUUCCUCCCUGACCCGUGGAUUGAGGGAGUCCAGCGGCUCUGAAGGGACCAGCUCAGGCACUAAGAUGAGCACUGUCCUCUCUAAAGUGCCCACUGGUGCUACUACUGAGAUCUCCAAGGAAGACGUCACCUCCAUCCCAGGUCCCGCUCAAUCCACAAUAUCACCAGACAUCUCCACAGGAACCGUCAGCUGGUUCUCUACAUCCCCUGUCAUGACAAAAUCAGCAGAAAUAACCAUGAACACCCAUACAAGUCCUUUAGGGGCCACAACACAAGGCACCAGUACUUUGGACACGUCAGGCACAACCUCUUUGACAACGACACACUCAACUGUAUCUCAAGGAUUUUCACACUCACAGAUGAGCACUCUUAUGAGGAAGGGUCCUGAGGAUGUAUCAUGGAUAAGCCCUCCCCUUCUGGAAAAAACUAGACCUUCAUUUUCUCUGAUGUCUUCACCAGCCACAACUUCACCUUCUCCUGUUUCCUCCACAAUACCAGAGAGCAUCUCUUCCUCUCCUCUUCCUGUGACUUCACUCCUCACGUCUGGCUUGGAAAAAACUACAGAUAUAUUGCACAAAAGCUCAGAACCUGUAACCAACUCACCUGCAAAUUUGAGCAGCACCUCAGUUGAAAUACUGGCCACCUCUGAAGUCACCACAGAUACAGAGAAAACUCAUCCUUCUUCAAACAGAGCAGUGACCGAUGUGGGGACCUCCAGUUCUGGAUAUGAAUCCCCUUCCUCUGUCCUAGCUGACUUACAGACAUCCAAAGUCGCAUCUCCAAUGGUUAUUACCUCCACCAGAGACGAUACAAGUGUCUCCACAUCAACUCCUGGCUUUUUUGAGACUAGCAGAAUUCAGACAGAACCAACAUCCUCCCUGACCCUUGGACUGAGAAAGACCAGCAGCUCUGGGGGGACCAGCUCAGCCACAGAGAUGAGCACUGUCCUUUCUGGAGUGCCCACUGGUGCCACUGCUGAAGUCUCCAGGACAGAAGUCACCUUGUCUAGCAGAACAUCCAUCUCAGGCCUUGCUCAGCUCACAGUGUCACCAGAGACUUCCACAGAAACCAUCACCAGACUCCCUACCUCCCGCUUAAUGACAGAAUCAGCAGAAAUGAUGAUCAAGACACAAACAGAUCUUCCUGGGUCUACACCAGACAGUACUCAUACUGUGUACAUAUCAACAACACCCAACUGGGUAGAAACCCACUCGACUGUGGCUCAGAGACUUUCACACUCAGAGAUGACAACUCUUGUGAGCAGAAGCCCUGGUGAUGUGUUAUGGCCUAGUCAAUCCUCUGUGGAAGAAACCAGCUCUGCCUCUUCCCUGCUGUCUCUACCUGCCACGACCCCACCUUCUCCUGUUUCCUCUACAUUAGCAGAGGAUUUCCCUUCCCCUUCUCUUCCUGUGACUUCUCUUCUCACCCCUGACCUGGUGAUAACCACAGACAGGAUGGGCAUAAGCAGAGAACUUGGAACCAGUUCCACCUCAAAUUUGAGCAGCACCUCCCAUGAGAGACUGACCACUUUGGAAGACACUGUAGAUACAGAAGCCAUGCAUCCUUCCACACACACAGCAGUGACCAACAUGGGGACCUCCAGUUCUGGGCAUGAAUCACAAUCUUCUGUCCUAGCUGACUCAGAGACACCCAAAGCCACAACUCCAAUGGGUACCACCUACACCAUGGGGGAAACGAGUGUUUCCAUAUCCACUUCUGACUUCUUUGAGACCAGCAGAAUUCAGAUAGAACCAACAUCCUCCCUGACUUCUGGAUUGAGGGAGACCAGCAGCUCUGAGAGGAUCAGUUCAGCCACAGAGAGAAGCACUGUCCUUUCUGAAGUGCCCAGUGGUGCUACCACUGAGGUCUCCAGGACAGAAGUGACCUCCUCUAGGGGGACAUCCAUGUCAGGGCCUGACCAGUUCACCAUGUCACCAGACAUCUCCACUGAAGCGAUCACCAGGCUUUCUACUUCCCCCAUUAUGACAGAAUCAGCAGAAAGUGCCAUCACUAUUGAGACAGGUUCUCCUGGGGCUACAUCAGACGGUACCCUCACCUUGGACACCUCAACAACAGUCUUUUGGUCAGAGACCCACUCAACUGCAUCUCAAGGAUUUUCACACUCAGAGAUGACCACUCUUAUGAGUAGAACUCCUGGAGAUGUGCCAUGGCUGAGCCUUCCCUCUGUGGAAGAAGCCAGCUCUGUCUCUUCCUCACUAUCUUCAACUGCCAUGACCUCAACUUCUUUUUCCUCUACAUUACAAGAGAGCAUCUCCUCCUCUCCUCAUCCUGUGACUGCACUUCUCACCCCUGGCCCAAUGAAGACCACAGACAUGUUGCGCACAAGCUCAGAACCUGAAACCAGUUCACCUCCAAAUUUGAGCAGCACCUCAGCUGAAAUAUUAGCCACCUCUGAAGUCACCAAAGAUACAGAGAAAAUUCGUCCCUCCUCAAACACACCUGUAAUCAAUGUAGGGACCUUGAUUUAUAAACAUCUAUCCCCUUCCUCUGUUUUGGCUGACUUAGUGACAACAAAAGCCACAUCUCCAAUGGCUACCACCUCCACUCUGGGGAAUACAAGUGUUUUCACAUCAACUCCUGCCUUCCCAGAAACUAUGAUGACAGAGCCAACUUCCUCCCUGACUUCUGGAUUAAGGGAGAUCAGUACCUCUCGAGAGACCAGCUCAGCAACAGAGAGAAGUGCUUCUCUUUCUGGAAUGCCCACUGGUGCUACUACUAAGGUCUCCAGGACAGAAGCCCUCUCCUCAGACAAAGCAUCCACCCCAGGUCCUGCUCAAUCCACAAUGUCACCAGACAUCUCCACAGAAACAAUCAUUAGAAUUUCUACUCCCCUCACCACGAUGGAAUCAGCAGAAAUGACCAUCACCCCCAAAACAGGUCAUUCUGGGGCAUCCUCACAAGGUACCUUUACCUUGGACACGUCAAGCAGAGCCUCCUGGCCAGGAACUCACUCAGCUGCAACUCACAGAUCUCCACACUCAGGGAUGACCACUCCUAUAAGCAGAGGUCCUGAGGAUGUGUCAUGGCCAAGCCCCCCAUCAGUGGAAAAAACUAGCCCUCCAUCUUCCCUGGUGUCUUUAUCUGCAGUAACCUCAUCUUUGCCACUUUAUUCCACACCAUCUGGGAGUAGCCACUCGUCUCCUCUCUGGGUGACUUCUCUUUUUACCCCUGUCAUGAUGAAGACCACAGACACGUUGGACACAAGCUUAGAACCUGUGACCACUUCACCUCCCAGUAUGCAUAUCACCUCAGAUGAGAGUCUGGCCACUUCUAAAGCCACCAUGGAGACAGAGGCAAUUCAGCUUUCUGAAAACACAGCUGUGACUCAGGUGGGCACCAUCAGUGCUAGACAAGAAUUCUAUUCCUCUUAUCCAGGUCUCCCAGAGCCAUCCAAAGUGACAUCUCCAAUGGUCACCUCUUCCACCAUAAGAGACAUUGUUUCUACAACCAUACCUGCUUCCUCUGAGACAAUAAGAAUUGAGAUGGAGUCAACAUCCACCCUGACCCCCACACCAAGGGAGACCAGCACCUCCCAGGAGAUCCACUCAGCCACAAAGCCGAGCACUGUUCCUUACAAGGCACUCACUACUGCCACGAUUGAGGACUCCAGAACACAAGUCAUGUCCUCUAGCAGAGGACCUAGCCCUGAUCAGUCCACAAUGUCACAAGACAUAUCCACUGAAGUGAUCACCAGGCUCUCUACCUCCCCCAUCAAGACAGAAUCUACAGAAAUGACCAUUACCACCCAAACAAGUUCUCCUGGAGCUACAUCACAGGGUACCCUUACCUUGGACACCUCAACAACAACUUUCAUGUCAGGGACCCACUCAACUGCAUCUCAAGGAUUUUCACACUCAGAGAUGACCUCUCUUAUGAGUAGAACAACUGGAGAUGCGCCGUGGCUGAGCCAUCCCUCUGUGGAAGAAGCCAGCUCUGUCUCUUCCUCACUGUCUUCACCUGUCAUGACCUCAUCUUCUCCCGUUUCUUCCACAUUACCAGACAGCAUCCACUCUUCUUCGCUUCCUGUGACAUCACUUCUCACCUCGGGGCUGGUGAAGACCACAGAGCUGUUGGGCACAAGCUCAGAACCUGAAACCAGUUCACCCCCAAAUUUCAGCAGCACUUCAGCUGAAAUACUGACCACCACUGAGGUCACCACAGAUACAGAGAAACUGGAGAUGACCAAUGUAGUAACCUCAGGUUAUACACAUGAAUCUCCUUCCUCUGUCCUAGCUGACUCAGUGACAGCAAAGGCCACAUCUUCAAUGGGUAUCACCUACCCCACAGGAGAUACAAAUGUUCUCACAUCAACCCCUGCCUUCUCUGACACCAGUAGGAUUCAAACAAAGUCAACGCUCUCACUGACUCCUGGGUUGAUGGAGACCAGCAUCUCUGAAGAGACCAGCUCUGCCACAGAACAAAGCACUGUCCUUUCUAGUGUGCCCACUGGUGCUACUACUGAGGUCUCUAGGACAGAAGCCAUCUCCUCUAGCAGAACAUCCAUCCCAGGCCCUACUCAAUCCACAAUGUCACCAGACACCUCCACAGAAACCAUCACUAGACUUUCUACCCCCCUCACAAGGAAAGAAUCAACAGACAUGUCCAUCACCCCCAAAACAGGUCCUUCUAGGGCUACCUCACAGGGUACCUUUACCUUGGACACAUCAAGCACAGCCUCCUGGCCAGGAACUCACUCAGCUGCAACUCAGAGAUUUCCACAGUCAGUGGUGACAACUCGUAUGAACAGAGGUCCUGAGGAUGUGUCAUGGCCAAGCCCCCUGUCUGUAGAAAAAAACAGCCCUCCAUCUUCCCUGGUGUCUUCAUCUGCAGUAACCUCACCUUCGCCACUUUAUUCCACACCAUCUGGGAGUAGCCACUCCUCUCCUGUCCCUGUCACUUCUCUUUUCACCUCUGUCAUGAUGAAGGCCACAGACAUGUUGGAUGCAAGCUUGGAACCUGAGACCACUUCAGCUCCCAAUAUGAAUAUGACCUCAGAUGAGAGUCUGGCCACUUCUCAAGCCACCACAGAGACAGAGGCAACUCAGGUUUUUGAAAAUACAGCAGCGUCUCAUGUGGAAACCACCAGUGCUAGAGAGGAACUCUAUUCCUCUUCCCCAGGCUUCUCAGAGCCAACAAAAGUGACAUCUCCAGUGGUCACCUCUUCCUCUAUAAGAGAUAACAUUGUUUCCACAACAAUGCCUGGCUCCUCUGGCAUUACAAGGAUUGAGAUAGAGUCAAUGUCAUCUCUGACCCCUGGACUGACAGAGACCAGAACUUCCCAGGACAUCACCUCAUCCACAGAGACAAGCACUGUUCUUUACAAGAUGCCCUCUGGUGCCACUCCUGAGGUCUCCAGGACAGAAGAUAUGACCUCUAGCAGAACAUCCAUUCCUGGCCCUGCUCAGUCCACAAUGUCACUAGACAUCUCCGAUGAAGUUGUCACCAGGCUCUCUACCUCCCCCACCAUGACAGAAUCUGCAGAAAUAACCAUCACCACCCGAACAGGUUCUUCUCUGGCUACAUCCCAGGUUACCCUUCCCUUGGGCACCUCAAUGACCUCUUUGUCAGGGACCCACUCAACUGUGUCUCAAGGACUUUCACACUCAGAGAUGACCAAUCUUAUGAGCAGGGGUCCUGAAAAUCUGUCAUGGAUGAGCCCUCGCUUUGUGGAAACAACUAGAUCUUCCUCUUCUCUGACAUCAUUACCUCUCACGACCUCACUUUCUCCUGUGUCCUCCAUAUUACUAGACAGUAACCCCUCCUCUCCUCUUCCUGUGACUUCACUUAUCCUCCCAGGCCUGGUGAAGACUACAGAAGUGUUGGAUACAAGCUCAGAGCCUAAAACCAGUUCAUCUCCAAAUUUGAGCAGCACCUCGGUUGAAAUACCGGCCACCUCUGAAAUCAUCACAGAUACAGAGAAAAUUCAUCCUUCCUCAAACACAGUGGUGACCAAAGUGAGGACCUCCAGUUCUGUUCAUGAAUCUCAUUCCUCUGUCCUAGCUGACUCGGGAACAACCACAGCCAUACCUUCAAUGGGUAUCACCUCUGCUGUGGAGGAUACCACUCUUUUCACAUCAACUCCUGCCUUCUCUGACACUAGGAUUCCGACAGAGCCAACAUUCUCACUGACUCCUGGAUUCAGGGAGACUAGCACCUCUGAAGAGACCACCUCCAUCACAGAAACAAGUGCAGUCCUUUUUGGAGUGCCCACUAGUGCUACUACUGAGGUCUCCAUGACAGAAGUCAUGUCCUCUAAUACAACACACAUCCCUGACUCUGAUCAGUCCACAAUGUCUCCAGACAUCAUCACUGAAGUGAUCACCAGGCUCUCUUCCUCAUCCAUGAUGUCAGAAUCAACACAAAUGACCAUCACCGCCCAAACAAGUUCUCCUGGGGCUACAGCACAGAGUACUCUUACCUUGGCCACAACAACAGCCCCCUUGGCAAGGACCCAUUCAACUGUUCCUCCAAGAUUUUUACACUCAGAGAUGACAACUCUUAUGAGUAGGAGUCCUGAAAAUCCAUCAUGGAAGAUCUCUCCCUUUGUGGAAAAAACUAGCUCUUCAUCUUCUCUGUUGUCCUUACCUGUCACGACCUCACCUUCUGUUUCUCCCACAUUACCGCAGAGUAUCCCUUCCUCUUUUUCUGUGACUUCUCUCCUCACCCCAGGCAUGGUGAAGGCUACAGACACAAGCACAGAACCUGGAACCAGUUUAUCUCCAAAUCUGAGCAGCACCUCAGUUCAAAUACUGGCUGCCUCUGAAGUCACCACAGAUACAGAGAAAGUUCAUCCUUCUUCAAGCAUGGCAGUGACCAAUGUGGGAACCACCAGUUCUGGACAUGAACUAUAUUCCUCUGUUUCGAUCCACUCGGAGCCAUCCAAGGUUACAUACCCAGUGGGUACUUCCUCUUCCAUGGCUGAAACCUCUAUUUCCACAUCAAUGCUUGCCAAUUUUGAGACCACAAGAUUUGAGGCAGAGCCAUUUUCUCAUCUGACUUCUGGAUUUAGGAAGACUAACAUGUCCCUGGACACCAGCUCAGUCACACCAACAAAUACAGCUUCUUCUCCUAGGCCCACUCACCUUUUACAGAGUUUCAAGACUGAUUUCACUUCUUCUGUGAAAACAUCAUCCCCAGACCGGCCUCCAGCCUCACAGCAUACUGAAAUUCCAGUGGACAUAAUCACCCCCUUUAAUGCUUCUCCAUCUAUUAUGGAGUCCACUGGGAUGACCUCCUUCCCAGAAUCCAAGUUUACUAUGUCUGUAACAGAAAGUACUCAUCAUCUGAGUACAGAUUUGCUGCUUUCAGCUGAGGCUAUUUCCACUGGCACAGUGAUGCCUUCUCUAUCAGAGGCCAUGACUUCGUUUGCCACCACUGGAGUUCCACGAGCCAUCUCAGGUUCAGGUAGUCCAUUCUAUAGGACAGAGUCAGGCCCUGGGGAUGCUACUCUGUCCGCCAUUUCAGAGAGCCUGCCUUCAUCCACUCCUGUGCCAUUCUCCUCUUCAACCUUCACUACCACUGAUUCUUCAACCAUCCCAGCCCUCCAUGAGAUAACUUCCUCUUCAGCUACCCCACAUAGAGUGGACACCAGUCUUGGGACAGAGAGCAGCACUACUGAAGGACACUUGGUUAUGGUCAGUACUUUGGACACUUCAAGCCAACCAGGCAGGACAUCUUCAUCACCCAUUUGGGGUACCAGAAUGACAGAGAGCGUUGAGCUGGGAACAGUGACAAGUGCUUAUCAAGUUCCUUCACUCUCAACACGGUUGACAAGAACUGAUGGCAUUGUGGAGCACAUCACAAAAAUACCCAGUGAAGCAGCACACAGAGGUACCAUAAGACCAGUCAAAGGCCCUCAGACAUCCACUUCACCUGCCAGUCCUGAAGGACUACACACAGGAGGGACAAAAAGAACAGAGACCACCACCACAGCUCUGAAGACCACCACCACAGCUCUGAAGACCACUUCCAGAGCCACCUUGACGACCAGUGACUAUACUCCCACUUUGGGAACACUGACUCCCCUCAAUGCAUCCAUGCAAAUGGCCAGCACAAGCCCCACAGAAAUGAUGAUCACAACCCCAUAUGUUUUCCCUGAUGUUCCAGACAAGACAUCCUCAUUGGCUACCAGCCUGGGAGCAGAAACCAGCACAGCUGUACCCACGACAACCCCAUCUCUUUUCAAUAGAGAAUCAGAGACCACAACCUCACUGGUCUCUAGUUCUGGGGCAGAGAGAAGUCCAGCUAUUCAAACUCUAGAUGUUUCUUCUAGUGAGCCAGAUACAACAGCUUCAUGGGUUAUCCAUCCUGCAGAGACCAUCCCAACUGUUUCCAAGACAACCCCCAAUUUUUUCCACAGUGAAUCAGACACUGCAUCUUCCACAGCCACCAGUCAUGGGGCAGAUAUCAGCUCAGCCAUUCCAACAAAUAUCUCACCUAGUGAACUAGAUGCACUGACCCCACUGGUCACUAUUUCUGGGACAGAUACUAGUACAACGUUCCCAACACUGACUAAGUCCCCACAUGAAACAGAGACAAGAACCACAUGGCUCACUCAUCCUGCAGAGACCAGCUCAGCUGUUCCCAGAACAAUCCCCAAUUUUUCUCAUCGUGAAUCAGAUGCCACACCUUCAACAGCCACCAGUCCUGGGGCAGAAACCAGUUCAGCUAUUCCAAUUAUGACUGUCUCACCUGGUGCAGCAGAUCUGGUGACCUCACAGGUCACUAGUUCUGGGACAGGCAGAAAUAUGACUAUUCCAACUUUGACUCUUUCUCCUGGUGAACCAAAGACCACAGCCUCAUUAGUCACCUAUCCUGAAGCACGGACAAGUUCGGCCAUUCCAACUUCAACUAUCUUGCCUGGUGUAUCACGGAUGGCGACCUCAAUGGUCACCAGUUUGGUGGCAGAGACAAGUACAACUAAUCCAGCUCUGACAAACUCCCGUGGUGAACCAGCCACAACAGUUUCAUUGGUCACGCAUCCUGCGCAGACCAGCCCAACAGUUCCCUGGACAACUUCCAUUUUUUUCCAUAGUAAAUCAGACACCACACCUUCAAUGGCCACCAGUCAUGGGGCAGAAUCCAGUUCAGCUGUUCCAACUCCAACUGUUUCAACUGGGGUACCAGGAGUGGUGACCCCUUUGGUCACUAGUUCUAGGGCAGUGAUCAGUACAACUAUUCCAAUUCUGACUCUUUCUCCUGGUGAACAAGAGACUACACCUUCAAUGGCCACCAGUCAUGGGGCAGAAGCCAGCUCUGCUAUUCCAACUCCAACUGUUUCACCUGGGGUACCAGGAGUGGUGACCUCUCUGGUCACUAGUUCUAGGGCAGUGACUAGUACAACUAUUCCAAUUCUGACUCUUUCUCUUGUUGAACCAGAGAUCACACCUUCAAUGGCCACCAGUCAUGGGGCAGAAGCCAGCUCAGCUGUUCCAACUGUUUUACCUGAGGUACCAGGAAUGGUGACCUCUCUGGUUGCUAGUUCUAGGGCAGUAACCAGCACAACUCUUCCAACUCCGACUCUUUCUCCUGGUGAACCAGAGACCACACCUUCAAUGGCCACCAGUCAUGGGGCAGAAGCCAGCUCAACUGUUCCAACUGUUUCACCUGAGGUACCAGUAGUGGUGACCUCUCUGGUCACUAGUUCUAGUGCAGUAAACAGUACAACUAUUCCAACUCUGAUUCUUUCUCCUGGUGAACCAGAGACCACACCUUCAAUGGCCACCAGUCAUGGGGCAGAAGCCAGCUCAGCUGUUCCAAUGCCAACUGUUUCACCUAGGGUAUCAGGAGUGGUGACCCCUCUGGUCACUAGUUCCAGGGCAGUGACCAGUACAACUAUUCCAAUUCUAACUCUUUCUUCUAGUGAGCGAGAGACCACACCUUCAAUGGCCACCAGUCAUGGGGCAGAAGCCAGCUCAGCUGUUCUAACUGUUUCACCUGAGGUACCAGGAGUGGUGACCUCUCUGGUCACUAGUUCUAGUGCAGUAACCAGUACACCUAUUCCAACUCUGACUAUUUCUUCUGAUGAACCAGAGACAACAACUUCAUUGGUCACCCAUUCUGAGGCAAAGACAAUUUCAGCCAUUCCAACUUUAGCUGUCUCCCCUACUGUACAAGGGCUGGUGACUUCACUGGUCACUAGUUCUGGGUCAGAGACCAGUGCGUUUUCAAAUCUAACUGUUGCCUCAAGUCAACCAGAGACCACAGCCUCAUGGGUCACUCAUCCUGGGACAGAAGCAAGCUCUGUUGUUCCAACUUUGACUGUCUCCACUGGUGAGCCAUUUACAAAUAUCUCAUUGGUCACCCAUCCUGCAGAGAGUAGCUCAACUCUUCCCAGGACAACCUCAAGGUUUUCCCACAGUGAAUCAGACACUAUGCCUUCCACAGUCACCAGUCCUGAGGCAGAAUCCAGCUCAGCCAUUUCAACAACUAUUUCACCUGGUAUACCAGGUGUGCUGACAUCACUGGUCACUAGCUCUGGGACAGACAUCAGUGCAACUUUUCCAACAGUGCCUGAGUCCCCACAUGAAUCAGAGGCAACAGCCUCAUGGGUUAUUCAUCCUGCAGUCACCAGCACAACAGUUCCCAGGACAACCCCUAAUUUUUCUCAUAGUGAACCAGACACCACACCCUCAGUAGCCACCAGUCCUGGGGCAGAAGCCAUUUCAGCUUUACCAACAAUAACUGUCUCACCUGAAGUACCAGAUAUGGUGACCUCACAGGUCACUAGUUCUGGGACAGACACCAGUAUAACUAUUCCAACUCUGACUUUUUCUUCUGGUGAGCCAGAGACCGCCUCAUUUAUCACCUAUUCUGAGACACACACAAGUUCAGCCGUUCCAACUCUCCCUGUCUCCCCUGGUGCAUCAAAGAUGCUGACCUCACUGGUCACCAGUUCUGGGACAGACAGCACUACAACUUUCCCAACACUGACGGAGACCACAUAUGAACCAGAGACAACAGCCACGCAGCUCAUUCAUCCUGCAGAGACCAACACAAUGGUUCCCAGGACAACCCCCAAGUUUUCCCAUAGUAAGUCAGACACCACACUCCCAGUAGCCAUCACCAGUCCUGGGCCAGAAGCCAGUUCAGUUGUUUCAACGACAACUGUCUCACCUGAUAUGUCAGAUCUGGUGACCUCACUGGUCCCUAGUUCUGGGACAGACACCAGUACAACCUUCCCAACAUUGAGUGAGACCCCAUAUGAACCAGAGACUACAGCCACAUGGCUCAUUCAUCCUGCAGAGACCAGCACAAUGGUUUCUAGGACAAUUCCCAACUUUUCCCAUAGGGGAUCAGACACUACACCCUCAAUGGUCACCAGUCCUGGAGUAGACGCCAGGUCAGCUGUUCCAACUACAACCAUCCCACCCAGUAUACCAGGGGUAGUGACCUCACAGGUCACUAGUUCUGCAAAAGACACUAGUACAGCUAUUCCAACUUUGACUCCUUCUCUUGGUGAACCAGAGACCACAGUCUCAUCGGCUACCCAUCCUGGGACAAAGACUGGCUUCACUGUUCCAAUUCGGACUGUUCCCUCUAGUGAGCCAGAUACAACGGCUUCCUGGGUCACUCAUCCUCCACAGACCAGCACACCUGUUUCCAGAACAACCCCCAGUUUUUCCCACAGUAGUCCAGAUGCCACACCUGUAAUGGCCACCAGUCCUAGGACAGAAGCCAGUUCAGCUGUACUGACAACAAUCUCACUUGGUGCACCAGAGAUGGUGACUUCACAGAUCACUAGUUCUGGGGCAGCAAACAGGACAACUAUUCCAACUUUGACUCAUUCUCCUGGUAUGCCAGAGACCACAGCCUUAUUGAGUACCCAUCCCAGCACAGAGACAAGUAAAACAUUUCCUGCUUCAACUAUGUUUCCUCAAGUAUCAGAGACCACAGCCUCACUCUCCGUUAGACCUGGUGCAGAGACUAGCACAGCUCUCCCAACUCAGACAACAUCCUCUCUCUUCACCCUACUUGUAACUGGAACCAGCAGAGUUGAUCUAAAUCCAACUGCUUCACCUGGUGUUUCCGCAAAAACAGCCUCACUCUCCACCCAUCCGGGGACAGAAACCAGCACAAUGAUUCCAACUUCAACUCUUUCCCUUGGUUUAUUAGAGACUACAGGCUUACUGGCCACCAGCUCUUCAGCAGAGACCAGCACGGGCACUCUAACUCUGACUGUUUCCCCUGCUGUCUCUGGGCUUCCCAGUGCCUCUGUAACAACUGAUAAGCCCCAAACUGUGACCUCCUGGAACACAGAAACCUCACCAUCUGUAACUUCAGUUGGACCCCCAGAAUUUUCCAGGACUGUCACAGGCACCACUAUGACCUUGAUACCAUCAGAGACACCAACACCACCUAAAACCAGUCAUGGAGAAGGAGUGAGUCCAACCACUAUCUUGAGAACUACAAUGGUUGAAGCCACUAAUUUAGCUACCACAGGUUCCAGUCCCACUGUGGCCAAGAAAACCACCACCUUCAAUACACUGGCUGGAAGCCUCUUUGCUCCUCUGACCACACCUGGGAUGUCCACCUUGGCCUCUGAGAGUGUGACCUCAAGAACAAGUUAUAACCAUCGGUCCUGGAUCUCCACCACCAGCACUCCGGUGACCUCCAUGUUCUCUCCAAGACCUCUCAUAUCUGUGACCCCCACCCCCAGCUCUAUAGGUUAUAACCAUCAGUACCGGACCCCUGCCACCAGCACUCCAGUGACUUCUAUAUUCUCCCCAGGGAUUUCCUCAUCCUCCAUCCCCAGCUCCACAGGUUUCACCCAUCGAAGCUCUAUGCCCACCACCAGCACUCCUGGGACCUCCACAGUGGAUGUGGGAACCUCAGGGACUCCAACCUCCAGCCCCAGCCCCACAACUGCUGGCCCUCUCCUGAUGCCGUUCAGCCUCAACUUCACCAUCACCAACCUGCAGUACGAGGAGGACAUGCGUCGCCCUGGCUCCAGGAAGUUCAACACCACGGAGAGGGUCCUGCAGGGUCUGCUCAAGCCCUUGUUCAAGAACACCAGUGUCGGCCCUCUGUACUCUGGCUGCAGAUUGACCUUGCUUAGGCCCAAGAAGGAUGGGGCAGCCACUGGAGUGGAUGCCAUCUGCACCCACCACGUUGACCCUAAAAGCCCUGGACUCAACAGGGAGCAGCUGUACUGGGAGCUAAGCAAGCUGACCAAUGGCAUUGAAAAGCUGGGCCCCUACACCCUGGACAGGAACAGUCUCUAUGUCAAUGGUUUCACCCAGCAGAGCUCUGUGUCCACCACCAGCACUCCUGGGAACUCCACAGUGGAUCUUGGAACCUCAGGGACUCCAUCCUCCCUCUCCAGCCCCACAAUUAUAGCUGCUGUUCCUCUCCUGGUGCCAUUCACCCUCAACUUCACCAUCACCAACCUGCAGUAUGGGGAGGACAUGGGUCACCCUGGCUCCAGGAAGUUCAACACCACAGAGAGGAUCCUGCAGGGUCUGCUUGGUCCUAUAUUCAAGAACACCAGUGUUGGCCCUCUGUACUCUGGCUGCAGACUGACCUCUCUCAGGUCCGAGAAGGAUGGAGCAGCCACUGGAGUGGAUGCCAUCUGCACCCACCAUCUUGACCCCAAAAGCCCUGGACUCAACAGAGAGCAGCUGUACUGGGAGCUGAGCCAACUGACCAAUGGCAUCAAAGAGCUGGGCCCCUACACCCUGGACAGUAACAGUCUCUAUGUCAAUGGUUUCACCCAUUGGACCUCUGUGCCCACCACCAGCACUCCUGGGACCUCCACAGUGGACCUUGGAACCUCAGGGACUCCAUCCUCCCUCCCAAGCCCCACAACUGCUGGCCCUCUCCUGGUGCUGUUCACCCUCAACUUCACCAUCACCAACCUGAAGUAUGAGGAGGACAUGCAUCGUCCUGGCUCCAGGAAGUUCAACACCACAGAGAGGGUCCUGCAGAGUCUGCUUGGUCCUAUGUUCAAGAACACCAGUGCUGGCCUUCUGUACUCUGGCUGCAGACUGACCUUGCUCAGGUCCGAGAAGGAUGGAGCAGCCACUGGAGUGGAUGCCAUCUGCACCCACCGUCUUGACCCCAAAAGCCCUGGAGUGGACAGGGAGCAGCUGUACUGGGAGCUGAGCCAGCUGACCAAUGGCAUCAAAGAGCUGGGCCCCUACACCCUGGACAGAAACAGCCUGUAUGUCAAUGGUUUCACCAAUCGGACCCCUGUGCCCACCACCAGCACUCCUGGGACCUCCACAGUGGACCUUGGGUCAGGGACUCCAUCCUCCCUCCCCAGCCCCACAACAGCUGUUCCUCUCCUGGUGCUGUUCACCCUCAACUUCACCAUCACCAACCUGAAGUACGAGGAGGACAUGCAUCGCCCUGGCUCCAGGAAGUUCAACACCAUGGAGAGGGUCCUGCAGAGUCUGCUUGGUCCCAUGUUCAGGAAUACCAGUGUCAGCCCUCUGUACUCUGGCUGCAGACUGACCUUGCUCAGGUCCGAGAAGGAUGGAGCAGCCACUGGAGUGGAUGCCAUCUGCACCCACCGUCUUGACCCCAAAAGCCCUGGAGUGGACAGGGAGCAGCUGUACUGGGAGCUGAGCCAGCUGACCAAUGGCAUCAAAGAGCUGGGCCCCUACACCCUGGACAGAAACAGUCUCUAUGUCAAUGGUUUCACCCAUCAGACCUCUGUGCCCACCACCAGCACUCCUGGGACCUCCACAGUGGACCUUGGGACCUCAGGGACUCCAUCCUCCCUCCCCAGCCCUACAUCUGCUGGCCCUCUCCUGGUGCCAUUCACCCUCAACUUCACCAUCACCAACCUGCAGUAUGAGGAGGACAUGCAUCACCCAGGCUCCAAGAAGUUCAACAGCACAGAGAGGGUCCUGCAGGGUCUGCUUGGUCCCGUGUUCAAGAACACCAGUGUCGGCCUUCUUUACUCUGGCUGCAGACUGACCUUGCUCAGGCCUGAGAAGAAUGGGGCAGCCACUGGAGUGGAUGCCAUCUGCACCCACCGUCUUGACCCCAAAAGCCCUGGACUCAACAGAGAGCAGCUGUACUGGGAGCUGAGCCAGCUGACCAAUGGCAUCCAAGAGCUGGGCCUCUACACCCUGGACAGGAACAGUCUCUAUGUCAAUGGUUUCACCCAUCGGAGCUCUGUGGCCCCCACCAGCACUCCUGGGACCUCCACAGUGGACCUUGGGACCUCAGGGACUCCAUCCUCCCUCCCCAGCCCCACAACAGCUGUUCCUCUCCUGGUGCCGUUCACCCUCAACUUCACCAUCACCAAUCUGCAGUAUGGGGAGGACAUGCGUCACCCUGGCUCCAGGAAGUUCAACACCACAGAGAGGGUCCUGCAGGGUCUGCUCGGUCCCUUGUUCAAGAACUCCAGUGUCGGCCCUCUGUACUCUGGCUGCAGACUGACCUCUCUCAGGUCUGAGAAGGAUGGGGCAGCCACUGGAGUGGAUGCCAUCUGCACCCGCCACCUUAACCCUCAAAGCCCUGGACUGGACAGGGAGCAGCUGUACUGGGAGCUGAGCCAGAUGACCAAUGGCAUCAAAGAGCUGGGCCCCUACACCCUGGACCAGAACAGUCUCUAUGUCAAUGGUUUCACCCAUCGGAGCUCUGGGCCCACCACCAGCACUCCUUGGACUUCCACAGUGGACCUUGGAACCUCAGGGACUCCAUCCCCCGUCCCCAGCCCCACAACUGCUGGCCCUCUCCUGAUGCCAUUCACCCUCAACUUCACCAUCACCAACCUGCAGUAUGAGGAGGACAUGUACCACCCUGGAUCUAGGAAGUUCAACAGCACAGAGAGGGUCCUGCAGGGUCUACUCGGUCCCUUGUUCAAGAACUCCAGUGUCGGCCCUCUGUACUCUGGCUGCAGACUGACCUCUCUCAGGCCCAAGAAGGAUGGGGCAGCAACUGGAAUGGAUGCUGUCUGCCUCUACCACCCUAAUCCCAAAAGACCUGGGCUGGACAGAGAGCAGCUGUACCGGGAGCUGAGCCAGCUGACCCACAGCAUCACUGAGCUGGGCCCCUACACCCUGGACAGGGACAGUCUCUAUGUCAAUGGUUUCACCCAUCAGAACUCUGUGCCCACCACCAGUACUCCUGGGACCUCCACAGUGUACCAGGCAACCACUGGGACUCCAUCCUCCCUCCCCGGCCACACAGCCCCUGUCCCUCUCUUGAUGCCAUUCACCCUCAACUUUACCAUCACCAACCUGCAUUAUGAGGAAAACAUGCAACAUCCUGGUUCCAGGAAGUUCAACACCACGGAGAGGGUUCUGCAGGGUCUGCUCACGCCCUUGUUCAAGAACACCAGUGUUGGCCCUCUGUACUCUGGCUGCAGACUGACCUUGCUCAGACCUGAGAAGCAUGGGGCAGCCACUGGAGUGGACACCAUCUGUACCCACCGCGUUGAUCCCAUCGGACCUGGACUAGACAGAGAGCAGCUAUACUGGGAGCUGAGCCAGCUGACCAACAGCAUCACAGAGCUGGGCCCCUACACCCUGGACAGGGACAGUCUCUAUGUCAAUGGCUUCAACCGUCGGAGCUCUGUGCCAACCACCAGCACUCCUGGGACCUCCACAGUGCACCUGGCAACCUCUGGGACUCCAUCCUCCCUGCCCGGCCACACAGCCCCUGGCCCUCUCCUGAUACCAUUCACCCUCAACUUUACCAUCACCAACCUGCAUUAUGAGGAAAACAUGCAACACCCUGGUUCCAGGAGGUUCAACACCACGGAGAGGGUUCUGCAGGGUCUGCUCACGCCCUUGUUCAAGAACACCAGUGUUGGCCCUCUGUACUCUGGCUGCAGACUGACCUUGCUCAGACCUGAGAAGCAUGGGGCAGCUACUGGAGUGGACGCCAUCUGCACCCACCGCUUUGAUCCCACCGGUCCUGGACUGGACAGAGAGUGGCUAUACUGGGAGCUGAGCCAGCUGACCAACAGCGUCACAGAGCUGGGCCCCUACACCCUGGACAGGGACAGUCUCUAUGUCAAUGGCUUCACCCAUCGGAGCUCUGUGCCAACCACCAGCAUUCCUGGGCCCUCUGCAGUGCACCUGGAAACCUCUGGGACUCCAGCCUCCCUCCCUGGCCACACAGCCCCUGGCCCUCUCCUGGUGCCAUUCACUCUCAACUUCACUAUCACCAACCUACAAUAUGAGGAGGACAUGCGUCGCCCUGGUUCCAGGAAGUUCAACACCACCGAGAGAGUACUGCAGGGUCUGCUCAAGCCCUUGUUCAAGAGCACCAGUGUUGGCCCUCUGUACUCUGGCUGCAGACUGACCUUGCUCAGGCCUGAGAAACAUGGGGCAGCCACCCGUGUGGACGCCAUCUGCACUCACCGCCUUGACCCCCCAAAGCCUGCGCUGGACAGAGAGCAGCUAUACUGGGAGCUGAGCAAACUGACCCAUGGCGUCACCGAGCUGGGCCCCUAUCUUUUGGACAGAGGCAGUCUCUAUGUCAAUGGUUUCACCCAUCGGAACUUUGUUCCCAUCACCAGCACUCCUGGGACCUCCACAGUACACCUAGGAGCCUCUGAAACUCCAUCCUCCCUACCUAGACCCAUAGUGCCUGGCCCUCUCCUGGUGCCAUUCACCCUCAACUUCACCAUCACCAACUUGCAGUAUGAGGAGCCCAUGCGGCACCCUGGCUCCAGGAAGUUCAAUACCACGGAGAGGGUCCUACAGGGUCUGCUCGGGCCCUUGUUCAAGAAUACCAGUAUCGGCCCUCUGUACUCCAGCUGCAGACUGACCUUGCUCAGGCCAGAGAAGGACAAGGCAGCCACCAGAGUGGAUGCCAUCUGUACCCACCGCCCUGAUCCUCAAAGCCCUGGACUAAACAGAGAGCAGCUGUACUGGGAGCUGAGCCAGCUGAUCCAUGGCAUCACUGAGCUGGGCCCCUACACCCUGGACAGGGACAGUCUCUAUGUCAAUGGUUUCACUCAUUGGAGCCCCAUACCAACCACCAGCACUCCUGGGACCUCCACAGUGAACCUGGGAACCUCUGGGAUCCCAUCUUCCCUCCCUGAAACUACAGCCAUCGGCCCUCUCCUGGUGCCAUUCACACUCAACUUCACCAUCACUAACCUACAGUAUGAGGAGAACAUGGGUCACCCUGGCUCCAGGAAGUUCAACACCACGGAGAGGGUUCUGCAGGGUCUGCUCAAGCCCUUGUUCAAGAGCACCAGUGUUGGCCCUCUGUAUUCUGGCUGCAGACUGACCUUGCUCAGGCCUGAGAAGGAUGGAGCAGCCACCAGAGUGGAUGCCAUCUGCACCCACCGCCCUGACCCCAAAAUCCCUGGGCUAGACAGAGAGCGGCUAUACUGGGAGCUGAGCCAGCUGACCCAGAGCAUCACUGAGCUGGGCCCCUACACCCUGGACAGGGACAGUCUCUAUGUCAAUGGUUUCACCCAGUGGAGCUCUGUGCCCACCACCAGCACUCCUGGGACUUUCACAGUACAGCUGGAAACCCCUGAGACUCCAUCAUCCCUCCCUGGCCCCACAGCCACUGGCCCUCUCCUGCUGCCAUUCACCCUCAAUUUUACCAUCACUAACCUGCCGUAUGAGGAGGACAUGCAUCGCCCUGGCUCCAGGAAGUUCAACACCACGGAGAGGGUCCUUCAGGGUCUGCUUAUGCCCUUGUUCAAGAACACCAGUGUCGGCUCUCUGUACUCUGGUUGCAGACUGACCUUGCUCAGGCCUGAGAAGGAUGGGGCAGCCACCAGAGUGGAUGCUGUCUGCACCCAUCGUCCUGACCCCAAAAGCCCUGGACUGGACAGAGAGCGGCUGUACUGGAAGCUGAGCCAGCUGACCCACGGCAUCACUGAGCUGGGCCCCUACACCCUUGACAGGCACAGUCUCUAUGUCAAUGGUUUCACCCAUCAGAGCUCCAUGAUGACCACCAGAACUCCUGAUACCUCCACAAUGCACCUGGCAACCUCGAGAACUCCAGCCUUCCUGUCUGGACCCACGACCGCCAGCCCUCUCCUGGUGCUAUUCACAAUUAACUUCACCAUCACUAACCUGCGGUGUGAGGAGAACAUGCAUCACCCUGGCUCUAGAAAGUUUAACACCACGGAGAGAGUCCUUCAGGGUCUGCUCAGGCCUGUGUUCAAGAACACCAGUGUUGGCCCUCUGUACUCUGGCUGCAGACUGACCUCGCUCGGGCCCAAGAAGGAUGGGGCAGCCACCAAAGUGGAUGCCAUCUGCACCUACCACCCUGAUCCCAAAAGCCCUGGACUGGACAGAGAGCAGCUAUACUGGGAGCUGAGCCAGCUGACCCAUGGCAUCACUGAGCUGGGCCCCUACACCCUGGACAGGGACAGUCUCUAUGUCAAUGGUUUCACACAGCGGAGCUCUGUGCACACCACUAGCACUCCUGGGACCUCCAGAGUGGACCUGGGAACAUCUGGGACUCCAGUUUCUAAACCUGGUCCCUCGGCUGCCAGCUCUCUCCUGGUGCCGUUCACUCUCAACUUCACCAUCACCAACCUGCGGUAUGAGGAGAACAUGCAACACCCUGGCUCCAGGAAGUUCAACACCACGGAGAGGGUCCUUCAGGGCUUGCUCAGGUCCCUGUUCAAGAGCACCAGUGUUGGCCCUUUGUACUCUGGCUGCAGACUGACCUUGCUCAGGCCUGAGAAGGAUGGGGCAGCCACUGGAGUGGACGCUGUCUGCACCCACCACCCUGACCCCAAAAGCCCUAGGCUGGACAGAGAGCAGCUGUAUUGGGAGCUGAGCCAGCUGACCCGCAAUAUCACUGAGCUGGGCCCCUAUGCCCUGGACAAUGACAGCCUCUUUGUCAAUGGUUUCACCCAUCAGAGCUCUGUGCCCACCACCAGCACUCCUGGGACCCCCACAGUGUAUCUGGGAGCAUCUAGGACUCCAGCCUCGAUACUUGGCCCUUCAGCUGCCAGCCAUCUCCUGAGACUAUUCACCCUCAACUUCACCAUCACUAACCUGCGGUAUGAGGAGAACAUGUGGCCUGGCUCCAGGAAGUUCAACACUACAGAAAGGGUCCUUCAGGGUCUGCUAAGGCCCUUGUUCAAGAACACCAGUGUUGGCCCUCUGUACUCUGGCUGCAGGCUGACCUUGCUCAGGCCAGAGAAGGAUGGGGAAGCCACUGGAGUGGAUGCCAUCUGCACCCACCACCCUGACCCCACAGGCGCUGGGCUAGACAGAGAGCAGCUGUAUUUGGAGCUGAGCCAGCUGACCCACAGCAUCACUGAGCUGGGUCCCUACACGCUGGACAGGGACAGUCUCUAUGUCAAUGGUUUCACCCAUCGGAGCUCUGUGCCCACCACCAGCACCGGGGUGGUCAGCGAGGAGCCAUUCACACUGAACUUCACUAUCAACAACCUGCGCUACAUGGCGGACAUGGGCCAACCCGGCUCCCUCAAGUUCAACAUCACAGACAACGUCAUGCAGCACCUGCUCAGUCCUUUGUUCCAGAGGAGCAGCCUGGGUGCACGGUACACAGGCUGCAGGGUCAUCGCACUAAGGUCUGUGAAGAACGGCGCUGAGACACGGGUGGACCUCCUCUGCACCUACCUGCGGCCCCUCAGCAGCCCAGGUCUGCCUAUCAAGCAGGUGUUCCAUGAGCUGAGCCAGCAGACCCACGGCAUCACCCGGCUGGGCCCCUACUCUCUGGACAAAGACAGCCUCUACCUUAACGGUUACAACGAACCUGGUGCAGAUGAGCCUCCUACAAAAAUGGAGUCAUCAGUUUAUCAACCAACAAGCAGCUCCAGCACCCAGCACUUCUACCUGAAUUUCACCAUCACCAACCUACCAUAUUCCCGGGACAUAGCCCAACCAGGCACCACCAGUUACCACAGGAACAAAAGGAAUAUUGAGGACGCGCUCAACCAACUCUUCCGAAAUAGCAGCAUUAAGAGUUAUUUUUCUGACUGUCAAGUUUCAACAUUCAGGUCUGUCCCCAACAGCCACCACACCGGGGUGGACUCCCUGUGUAACUUCUCGCCACUGGCCCGGAGAGUAGACAGAGUUGCCAUCUAUGAGGAAUUCCUGCGGAUGACCCGGAAUGGUACCCAGCUGCAGAACUUCACCCUGGACAGGAGCAGUGUCCUUGUGGAUGGGUAUUCUCCCAACAGAAAUGAGCCCUUAACUGGGAAUUCUGACCUUCCCUUCUGGGCCAUCAUCCUCAUCUGCUUGGCGGGACUCCUGGGACUCAUCACAUGCCUGAUCUGCGGUGUCCUGGUGACCACCCGCCGGCAGAAGAAGGAAGGAGAAUACAACGUCCAGCGACAGUGCCCAGGCUACUACCAGUCACACCUAGACCUGGAGGAUCUGCAAUGACUGGAACUCGCUGGUGCCUGGGGUCCCUUUCCUCCAGCCAGGG